UGCGAGCGUCCGAGUCAUUGCUCCAGCGCGCAUCCCACUCGGUAUUUAAAAUGUUAAUAAAAUUCUUGUCACUGUGCUUCGUGUGCCUGGCGACGCAAGCGUCCAGUAGCGAUGACAGAUUCAUCAAGAAGUAUGCGAUGAUGAAGAUUUACGAAAGCUGCUUCGGCGCAGAAGUGGUGAAACAAAUCCGCAAAGAGAUGAAGGAAGCGUACGCAAAGUGCUCAGCGCCAUCUUUUGACGAGCCCCCGAACCAACAGAACAUUCCUCCUAUCCUACUGGCGAAGCUGCCGCCUGGUUUCGCCCUGGACCCGGCUUCGCAGACCAUAGUCAAGCCAACAGAUGGCGCUGCUCACCAAGAGGAACCGGCUCCCGAUCAAGGUCAUCACCAACAUAAAGUUGGACAGAUGCCCAAUGUUCUACCGUUCAGACCACCGCAGCCGGCGCCGUUUCCUCAGCAGAACCCGUACAUGGCGAGCCAGUUCCGGCCUUACAGCCCGUUCUACCAGCCCCAGUACCCCAUGUUCUACCCGCCUCAGUACAACCCCUACUACCAGCAGUAUCCUCAAUUCUACCAGCAGCCCUACUACCCCAACAGCAGGAUGUCGCGUGACCUGGACUUCCGUGACCGCCUGGACAUGAUCUCCCGUGGUCCAGCCCCCCGCGCCCGCAACGUGACCUGCGUCAUGCAGGAGCUCGGCUACAUCGACCACAACAUGGAACCCAACUACGAGCAGAUAACUCAACGAAUCAGCGCUCUACCUGUAUCAGCGGAGUUGAAGGGCGACAUUCAAGAUGGUCUGCAGUUCUGUGAGAAGUUCUCGCAAUGCGUUCCAGAUCUGAAGAGAGACGUGGCUCCUUUAUCCCAAGAACUUAUCAAGCCGAUGUUCUUCUUCCGUUGCUACAAGCACAAAAAACUGGAAGCAUGCAUAAUGAAAGACAUCCGAGAACGAUUUACCAGUGAGGACGACUUGGAGACUGAAGGAGAUUUCAGAUCUCUCUCCAGGUCAGCUAGGGCGGCCCGGGAUGAACCUCUCAACGACCCUCGCUUUGACGCUCUGGAUGAGAUGUCAGUCUACCUGUACGACUACCUUAGCGGAGGUAACGGUCUGGAUUUCGAUCUGUAUUUGUAAACAAACCAAACCACAAGAGUAGCGGUAAUAUAAUAUGGUUCCGAUUUCCGUAUCGUCUAGGAACCAUAUUU